CACUCGGAAAGUGUGGAUAACACUGGGAAGCGAGAAGCGAAGGUCUGCGAGCCUAAGCACAGAGCAAGAAGAAGAUAUCCGAUACCCUUAUAGCAGAUUCGAAGGAUGGCUUCAUGUUCAAUCUCCGCCGCCUUAUUCUCUUCCUUACCCGUCGCCAAUUCGCACACAAUUUGCCAGAAACCCAAGCCCUCACUUGCGUCCUUGCCCUCUCCGAAGGCGUUAAAGCUCAAGACUCUGAAAAGCUCGCAGGCGGCGAAGGUCUCGGCAGCUCCUGAAGCUCUGGACGCUCAAGAGACUCUCGAUGGACCCGAUUCUGGUGCGGUCGAGAUGGCUCCAAAGCAGAAAAUCAGAAUCAAGCUUCGAUCUUAUUGGGUGUCCUUAAUAGAGGACUCUUGCAAGCAGAUAAUGGAUGCUGCUAGGACUACGAACGCGAAAACUAUGGGUCCUGUGCCAUUGCCAACCAAGAAGAGAAUCUACUGUGUUCUCAAGUCACCGCACGUGCACAAGGACGCUCGGUUCCAUUUUGAGAUCAGAACCCACCAGCGCCUUAUUGAUAUUCUUUAUCCAACUGCACAAACAAUAGAUUCUCUUAUGCAGCUUGACCUUCCUGCCGGUGUAGAUGUUGAGGUCAAGCUUUGAAGAAGCACCUCUCUUGGUUAGGCAAGGUAUCUUCACAGACUAGAGGUUUGCUUUCUCUCACUUUUGAUUUUAGCAUAGUUGUUUUGUUCGGUGAUUGCAUCUCUUCGCAAGUCGCUGAACAACGAGAGAAAUGUAAUCUGCCUUCUGUUGGUUGUAAGUUAAAGAUAUGUACCUAUGAUUUUGUAACCAACUCAUGAUUUUUCUUAGCACAAGAUUGAUAGAAGAAAGCAUUGCAAUUGUCUCUAACAUAAUGUGAUGAUGACAUCGAAGUGUUAAGGCAACAUUUAGAGGUUAGAUUUGGAUUCUUUACAAGAGAGAAUCUCGUAGAUCUACCAUAAGUUCUAGGCAGUAAAAUCCUUAUCAUUGGACAGCCACGACUUCAAAAGGAUUAUCUGUAAAAUGGGGCUCUGCGCUUAUGAAUUCUUUAAGUUGUAACUUGUGAUUAAAUUAACUUUUGCUGCUGGUUCUGAGAA